AAAAGAAAAGCGUUUUCGAACGUUCUGUGCCGCUAACCUCAAUCACAUAACUACAAAAGUUCAAUUUCUUACAAGUAGUACAAAACCCACAAAAAUCAUGGCCUUAGCAAAACCGAAGUCCGAAAUGAGCGCCGAAGAGCUCCAAUCGCGCGAGGAGGAGGAAUUCAACACCGGCCCACUAUCCGUCCUAACCCAAUCGGUAAAAAACAACACACAAGUGUUGAUCAAUUGCAGGAACAACAAAAAACUGCUCGGACGUGUGAAAGCGUUUGACAGACACUGCAACAUGGUGUUGGAAAACGUGAAGGAAAUGUGGACGGAGUUGCCCAGACCCGGCAAGGGCAAGAAGAAGUCCAAGCCGGUGAACAAAGACAGAUUCAUCUCGAAGAUGUUCAUCAGGGGUGAUGCUGUUAUUGUUAUUGUAAGGAACCCACUCUCAGGACUCUAGCUCAUAAGUUUAGAAUAAUUAAAUUGACGUAAUUUAUCUAGAUUAUAAGCUAUAAUAAAACUAAUUUGUAUCUUUUUACUAAGAUAAUAAAUAUAAUUGAAAAAAAUG